AAGGACUGUUUGUCUAAAGGAGUGUUUUACUGAGAGAUAGCUUUUGAAAAAGGGCUUCCUGUGCCGCUUGCUUCAGUACCCUUGCUGUCCCCCUCUGCACUCUCUUGCAUUAGCCUACCUCGUAGUUUGCACUUAAGUGCGAUGCGGGUGAACUAAAAGUUCAGGUAGCGAACUCCCUUCAGAUAGUGACAUGGGAUUGUGGGACAGAAGAGAUGCAGACAUACAUCUCAAAAGAUACUAACCCAGGGCCAGUGGAUCAGAGGGAAUGGAGAAUGAAUGGCUCGUUGGUUUUAAGUGAGGAGAGAAGUUAAGAAAAGCAGUGCUUGUUUCAUUCCGUGGAGCAAAGGAGGUUUAUAAAAAUAUGUUAAGGGUGGGUGUCAAGAGGAUGGAGUCAGGCUCUUCUUGGGGGUGCCAACCACUAGGACAAGAGGCAAUGAACAGAAACUGAUCAGGAAGCUCCACCUGAAUGUGAGGAAGAACUUCUUUAUUGUGUGAGUGACCAGGCACUGGAAUAGAUUGCACCCAGAUGGUUCUGGAAUGUCUCCAGUGAGAGAGCCUCCAGUACCUCUGGGCAGUCUUGUGCACUGUACUCUCUCAAAUGGCCCUGCUUGAGCAGGGAGGUUGGACCAUAUGACCCACUAUGGCCCCUUCCAACUUCUGAGAAAAAAGAGGAUAUUUGGAAUGGCUGUUCCUCUACUGCCUUGGGUAAGAUGAGAAUAAAGGGAGAGCAUCCCACCUGACAGGAGCCUGAGAAGCUGAAGCACAGUGCUUUCAUGGAGGGCAGGGAAUUGCCAAAGAGCUGGAUGAGUGAAAAAAAAUCCCAGAGGUGACGGAUCGGGGAAAAGCUGUUCACAUUUUGUAAAGGCAUGAGUCACACUUCUGUGUGGUAGGGGAGAACCAGGACUCAUUAAAAGGCAUUUUAAGAAUUCAUUGGUUGCAGAGUAAAAAUUGCAAAUUAUUUUUAUCGUGUUUUUCAUGAUUGGAAAAUGAUGAUAAUAUAAAUGGAGCAAGUUUCUUGAACUAUGGUUUGAAUUAUUUCUAAUUUAGGAUAGAGACUCAGCCUUCAAGCAGUUGUAUCAACAGGGUCCUUCAGCUGUGACUAUAACAUUAGGCUAACAUUUCUUUUGUUUCCAGUAUUAUGUAUCGAUAUUGAACUUCAGGUUGGUUGGAGGUGUAGAUGUCUAUUACCAUGAUGUACCAUAUGAAAGAUUCCAGAUCAUAAAGUGAUCUCAUCAAUUCGAGAAACUGAUUUUUGAGCACUCUGGGUUUACAGAUAAUAUGCCAAGGUAGAAGAAUGGGGCUUCAUUAGAUGUGUAUUUUGUUGUCCUAAAAUAUUUUGAGAUUGUUGUCAAUAGCGUCUACACAUUUGAUGCAGAAAAUACUAAAGUGUUUUGCUUAAACACUUAAGUAUACUUUAAGCACUCUGUGAUGCUGUGGAAAAAAAUUCUGAAGUAAUUUUGCUCACUGGGGGUAGGAGACUUUUCAAUAAUUCAAUUUUUAAAAGUUGCAAGCUGCUGUGGAAUUAAAUGCUGAAAAACUAUUAAAAAUUAUGGACAGUUAAAAGCUGCAGGAAGUAAUUUUUAUGCUUGAAAAUGGGCAUUUUGAGUAGUAACUGUAAAUGUAUUCCAUUUUUGAGCAGCCUAAUUUAUGGCAGCUCUGCUUCAUUCAUACAAGACUACAAACAGGACAGAUUACUAAGUGACCAUCCAGUGCAGCUGUUAGUGAAAUCCUAGAGAGUACUGGCCUGAUUAGUUAUCAGCAAGCUGGAUCAGUGCCAUUUCAAGGGAUUAGAAAUGCAAAACAUUUUGAAAAUAAAUUGCACGCCUUAAAAGAAUGCAUGGAAAGAUAUUUAAAUUAAAGUAAAAUAUUAAUGCUUUAAAGAAGCAAUGGACUGCAUCAUGGGGAUAAAUAUAAUUUGAUAGGUGAUGGUAUAUGAUAGAGAGUUAUGCUAAUCCAUUUUAGGAAAAAUAAAGGCAGAUUUACAAGGAAUGAGAAAUAUCUCUUGGCUCUCUAUGAACCUGUUCCUACACUUGAAGGGUUGUUCUGACUAACCUUGAAUGUUGUGCAUAUCAGUUUAGCUUUCUCUGUCACAGCUGUUUGAAAGUGUGGUUUUGAAGCUUCCCACUGUGUUUCCACUGCAGUGAAUAUGAGAAUCCUCCACUUUAUUUACUCUUUAGAGGUGUAUUAUGUAGGGUACACAGAAGUGUGAGGGAUUCAUGUGCUUUUAAAUAAACCUGUGAACAAACAGGCUUAAUUAAAGUUUAUAAAAUUCUCCACCCAGAACCUUUUCUUUACCACUAGAAAGGGAAUGGACAGUCAGUGUUUGAUCUUUCAUACAUGAUUAUUGUUUGAACAUUUAAAAUCACAGAUAUGUUGGCUGGAAGGCACUUCUGAGCAUCAACCAGUGAGAAUUUGUGCUUGGAGCUGGACAGUUGUUCACACUGGAUUAAGCCAGUCCCAGGUGUAGACCUCUGUCAUUAGGUUUCUGCUUUCCAGCCUGCAGUUUCUCAGUUCCCUUUUGAAGGGGAGCUCUACUAUUCUGACCUAGUAUCAUCCACAAGUUUGCUGAUCAUAGAAUGGCCCAGAGGGGACCUCAAAGAUCAUCCAGUUCCAACAACCAUGCCAUGAACAGGGAUACCUUCUGCCUCAUCAUCCAAGGUAGUGAUAAAUAUAUUGACCUGUAUCAGCCCCAGGGUACUCCUACGGUUUUAGCCAACAAGUGAAACAAACUUGAAGCCAUCAAGUCUUCAAUUCUGUCUGCCCAGAUAAGUUUUCAGCCACUCCAACCAUCCAUCUGGUCUGGUGUGUGUGCUUCAGGAGCCACAGGACACUCAAGGUGUGCUGUAUCCUGUCCCCUUAGCUGUGUGACCAGACCUUUCAUCACGGUAGCUGUUUGGAUUUAUGAAAUGUGACCUUCCCCUGGAACCAGUGAUUCCGAAGACUGCCUGAUCAUCAUGGCUCAUGCUACUAUUUAUGUGGGUUGCACCAUUCCUCAAUUACUGAGAGGUGCUCAGAGCAGAAUUUUUCCCUCUCAUUCUCCACUGGGGGUGUUGAGACACUCUGCUUUUUGUUACUGCACAGGGAACGGCACAAUAAAAUCAAAAAGGAAAAUGGAUCAUCUAGAGAGGACAGCAAAUAAUUUUCGACAGGAGGUAAUUACACAAGCAAAAGUGUGUGGAAUCACCAAUGAAUCAGAGACAGUCAAAAGGCUUCGUUUGGCAAUUGCAAAUAAGGAUUUUACUUUCAAAGCAGGACAAUGGGUCGAUUUCUUUAUUCCUGGAGUAUCUGUAGUUGGGGGAUUCUCAAUAUGUUCAAGCCCUGGCCUGUUAGAACGAGAAGGAAUACUAGAGCUGGCAGUAAAGCACACUGUUCAUCCUCCUGCUCACUGGAUUCACACUGAGUGUACUCUUGACUCAGAAGUGGCUCUGCGAGUGGGAGGUGAUUUCUUCUUUGAUCCUCAGCCUGGUGACUCCCCAGUAAACCUAGUGCUGAUAGCAGGGGGUGUUGGAAUUAACCCAUUGUUUUCUAUACUGCUGCAUAUAGCAGAUCUUCAUGGAUACCAAGAGGGUAAAGGAAAUAGACACAAAUUGGGAACAGCGAAGCUGUACUACAGUGCAAAAAAUACGAGUGAACUCCUAUUUAAGAAAAAUAUUCUUGGUUUGAUGAAGGCGUUUCCUGGAAAGAUCACAUGUUGUUUCCACGUCACCCAGCAGCGCUCACAGAUCUGUAAAGAACUGCAGCCACACAUUACAGAGGGAAGAAUAUCUGAAAAGGAUCUAGAGAAACACGUGUCUAAUGAUACUUCAUGGUACAUCUGUGGUCCCCCUCCAAUGAUAGAAUCUAUAUCCAAACUACUCACUAACAUUGGUGUUCCUAGAAACCGUGUUUUCUUUGAGAAAUGGUGGUAGUGACACCUGCUGAAGAGAAAAUUAUAGUAUUUUUUCCAGUGCAUUUUGAUAAGCUAAAAUGUACAGAGAUGGACUAUGAAUUAUUUUGAAGAUUUUAAUGAAGAUGUUCUCAGUGAUUAACUGUAAUAUGCCUGAAAUACAGUGCUGCUGCUUUGGGGGAAAGAAAAGUGAUUUUAUAUUAAAGACAUUGACAUUAA